UCCUCCUAUACAUUACACCACCAAACCCAAUUAAUCAAACCACAUAACAACAAUAUUAUAGUUAGUUAACAUCGAUCGAUCAACGUUGACCCAUCAUCUCAAUCUCUCUCUCUCUCGACUUCCCACCCCAAAUUUCUCCACCAAACACCCUCUGUUUUUCCUCCUCUGUUUUCCCCCUCUGUUUUCCCUCCAUCGAUCGCCAUGGACAGGGAGCAAGAAGAGAUGCAGUUCCUGGGGAUGUUCGGAGUGUACAAGGAAUCCUACAGGAUCAUCGUCGCGUGGCGGAGAAUCUUCUCCCGAAUCACACUCGCAUUGAUCCUUCCCCUGGCUCUGGUCUUCCUGGCCCACAAGGAGUUCUCCGACCUCCUCCUCUCCAACAUCAUCCGCUCAGAAAUCCAGCUGGACCAAACCCCCGCCGCCGCCUCCUCGCGCCGGUCGAAGAUCGACGGCGUGCUCACCGCCGAGUGGACCUACUUCUGGCUGCUGAAGGCGGCCUACUUCACUUUCCUUCUCGUCUUCUCGCUGCUUUCCACCGCCGCCGUCGUUUUCACCGUCGCCUCGCUCUACACCUCCCGCCCCGAUCUCUCCUUCCGAAAGGUGAUAACCGUGGUGGUCCCGAAAGUAUGGAAGCGCCUGAUCCUGACUUUCCUCUGCUACUUCCUCUUUAUCUUCGCCUACAACUUGAUCUUCUUCCUCCUCUUCGUCCUCGCCGCCGUCACCCUCGCCACGUCUCCCGUCGCGGACUACGCCUUCCCGGUCCUCCUCAUCCUCUACUUCGCCGGCUUCCUCUACGCCACCGUCGUCUGGCAGCUGGCCAGCGUAAUCUCGGUCCUCGAAGACUCCUGGGGCUUCCGCGCCAUGUCCAAGAGCCGCGAACUCAUCAGAGGCAAGACGUGGCUCGCCGUCUUCAUCUUCUUCAAGCUCAAUUUCACGUUCGGAGCGAUACAGGUCAUGUUCGACCGGUUCGUGGUGCACCCACGGUCGAGCCUCGGUCCGUUCGGUCGGACCGCUGCGGGCUUGGGUUCGUUGUUGUUGCUGCUGAAGGUGUUCUUGUUUGGGUUGGUGGUUCAGACCGUUUUGUACUUUGUGUGCAAGUCGUAUCAUCAUGAGAAUAUAGAUAAGUCGAUGCUUUCAGAGCAUUUGGAAGGGUAUCUUGGAGAUUACGUGCCGUUGAAGUCGAAGGAUGUUCAAAUGGAACAGUAUUUGGAGGAGGACGAUGAUGGUGAUCGUGUUUGAUUGGCUGGCCGGCAGCCUGGUUUUUGGGUUUGGUUUGGUAAACUAUUACUUGAUUACACAAAGGGCAUAAUCUAAUUUUUUUUUAUAUUUAUAUACACACAUAGGGAGAUUAAUAUCAAUGUCACGGUCCGACUAUAACACUUAGAUAUUAAUAAUGUUCAUAAUUUUUACAGGUUUAAUUUUUUAUUUACAAUUUAUCAGAUCUCAUUUUCUCC